CGGUAGAUUGACGCCUCUACGUUUUCUUUUUAACUUUGCGCGGCUGUCCGCAACUGAGGAAUCAACAUGUUGGGACCGAGGUGUAAAUACAUCACAGUUGCGCUUGUACUCGUGUCAGUAACGGCGUCGUCGAGCCCCACAGCCUAUAACUGUCUACCUGGCUACUACCAUGACGAUAAAGGAUGUACCAAAUGCUCACAAUGCCCCGUGGGAUAUGGUUUAAAAAAUCCUUGCUCGAAAACAGAGGAUACUCAAUGCCAGCCCUGCAUCGAAGGGUAUGAUUAUUCAGAUACCAAUGGAUUCGACGAGUGUAUAUUGUGUGACACUUAUUCAAACUGUCUUCCUGGAAAACCCAAAUUGAUAAAAAAGUGUACAGUAUCCUCCCCACCCGAAUGCGAUGGAUGUGAGGAUGGAUACUAUAGCGAGGUCAAUGGCUGUGCGGAGUGCUCGUCUCCUUGUCGCACCGACGAGGAAGAAGUGCAAAAAUGCCUGACGGAGCAUGAUCGCAUUUGCAAACCGAGAGGUACAGAUGCAGUGCCAAUAGCUUCGUCAAGUCCCACAACUUCAACUUCAAGUACGUGUGGAAUCAACUCGAUGGAGGUGAUAUCGAUGAGCACGAAACGGCAUACUGUUGUUCCGAAGACUGAAACCGAAAGGGUCAACACGGACGAGGUACCGAUGGCUGAAAGGUCGUCUCAGGCACAGGGAACCCGGAGCAAAUACCUGAAGAUUUUUAUCUCUGUGGGAGUUAUCAUCGUAGUAGCAAUCAUUUUAAUUUGUGCCUGUCGCAAAAUGCGCAAAGCAAGAAGGCGAAAAGCUAAUGAUCAAGACCUUCUGCCAUUUUUGCGAAAAGGAUUGGAUCGUUUCUUGAGACAACUCUCCAUCGAUGACAAAAAAAUGAUAUCCAGAGAAAUCAGUAACUCACGCCAAGGGUAUGCUGACUGGCGUGCUGUCUUGGAUAAAUUGAAUGACCCCGGUUUGCUUGAGGAAUCUAGGGGAUGGAAUGCAAGAGACGAAGAAAUAAAUAUCAAUAAAUUUCUAGCAGCAUAUGGUGAGAAGGAGGGUAGCACGGUUGCGGGAUUGAUUCAGGCCAUCAGAGAUGCUGGACUGGAGCUUUCUGCUGAGAAAUUGAAAAAAAAACUUGGUUCAGAUGGAGAUGGAUCAAGUGGUAAUACUGAUCAGUGA